AUGUCCAUUACUUAUAUUUCACGGCCCUUUUUUCAGGCCCCAUACAGCCCUGAGACAACAUCCUCUUUUCACUUUUCCUCUCUUAUGUCUCUCUAUAUUUUUCCUUCCUCUAAUUUUCUUGAAGAUGCCUUUUGCAUUCUUCCGGGUAAACCUCUAAUCCCAUCCUAUUUUCUUUGUUUCUUAUUAGAUGAUUUAUUAUUCAUUGCUGUUUUUUCCUUCAAUUGUUUAUCUAUUUUUUUCCUUUUCUCUUCUCACUGUUUUCUUUUUCUAUUUUUAAUUUAUUUCUUCCUUUUUUGUUCCAUCCUCUUUUUCUUUCUUUUAUUCUAUUCUUUCUCGCUUUCUUCUUCUAUAUUGUCAUUUUCUUAUACUUUUUCUUCUACUGUUUUUCUUCUUUUCUUUUCUCCUUCUUUUUCUUUCCAUUUUCUUAUAUUCAUUUUCUUCUUCCUCUACUAUUUUUCCUCUUUUCCUUUUUUUUUUAUACUCUUCUUUUUCGCUCCUUCUUCUUUGAUACUGUCAUAG